AAUUCACAAGUGCUCGUUAAUGUUGUUUGUUAUCCACAAUUAUCCAAUAUACCCCUUUUCAUAUUGACAAAUGACAACCAUAAGUGGCUAUUUUAUUUUAACGAUUUUUUGAGGAAGUAUGACGAGAAAUUGUCUAUACUAUGACGUUUUGAAACAGUUGAAUAUUAUAUAUGUAAAUUUUCAUGUCAGAUUUUUGGUGUCUGUCUAGAAGCAAAAGUAAAAGAAGAAUCUUGGUGACAAACCAUUCAAAAUGGCGGCAAAUUCAAAACUUCGUUGUUCACCUCUGAUGUCCUGUCUCUCAUCGAUUCAAGGAAUUAUAAGUUGUGCUAAGAAUAUUUUUAUGUAUGGUAUUUCGCUUUGAGAUUGGUUGGCGAGCGUCGUUUCUUUUCAUUUCUCUUAUUGCCGCAUUUUAAAGAACUCUAUAAAAAACAGGCUUUACCUGUUUAUUUGUGAUGGCUGAACUGGACUUGGAUGAUGCGAUUGCAUCCAUUUUGGGUGAUAGCGAUGAAGAAACAGCUAAAAUAAAAAAGAAAUCUUCCAAGCAUAAGAGUUCAAAGCACAAUGUGAAGUCAUUAACCUCAAGUGUUAAUGAUGAUGAGUUUUACAAAAAUCUUUCGAAAAUCUCUGAAGAUGUGAAUAAUGAAAACGAGCCCGAAGUGAAGUUGACUGAAGAAGAUGCUAAAGUUAUGGCCGAUGGCCUUGCUGGUCUUGAUGAUAUGGAUUCUGAUCUUCUUGGCUCACUUGGAAGAAAGAAAGUGCUAUCACCAAGAAAUAGUUCUGGUGGAAAGGACUCUGAUCACGACAUGAAGAAAAAAUCUUCCUCCGGAUCAUUGCAUCGUAAAGGAACUGUAAAACCAUUUGAAGUUAAGGAUGAGAUUGGUACAUCUAUGGAUAAUAAGCUCAUGCUGAGCGACGAAGACAAUGAGGAUGAUGACAUUUUCAACAAUAGUGCGAACAGUCUUUCGUCAAAACAUCGUAAAGUGUCGCCAAAUAAAAUAUCACCACGAUCGAAGGAAAACAUUACCGAUGAAGACUCCAAGCAAAGUAAAAAGAAAAUCACGAAGUCGAAAGAAAUCGAUUUCGACUCGGAUUCCGAUCUUCCUGGCUUGGGACCGAGUAAAGAAGUCGAAGUUAAAACUCGCAAAAAAACAUCGCCUAGAAGUAGAAAUAAGAGGAAAACCAACAACGGGGAUUUAUUUGGAGACGAGGAUGACUUACCUGAUCUCGACAAUCCUGGAAAAGCGAAGGCAGCUUCAGUUUUGGAUGGUUUGAUGGGAAAGAAAACCUCAACUGCACCUACUGAGUCAAAGGAUAGUAAACCAAAGUCACUUGAUGAGUUUAUGGCUAAAGUCAGCACUAGCAAGAAAACCUCUCAAAAAUCAGAUAAUCUAAAUGUGAAAAGCCCAGUUCGAAGUCCGACUUCUGAAGAAACAUUUCAGUUUGGUGGUUACAUGCCAAGCUCGGGAUCCCAAUCAGGUCGUAGAUCCGCCCGAAGUAAUCGCCUCGAGUCUGGCACAGAUUUCGGUCGAAGAUCUGUCAAAUUUUCUGAUGAAUUUGGGCUUGAUGAUGAUUUAUUUGGUUUAAAUAAACGACCGUCUACUGCUCCUAGCGGUAGAAAAAAGACUGAGGAGAAUCAAGAUGUUUUAAGUAGUACUUUACCGAUUUCAUCGAGUAAAGAAAAAGCAGACGGAGUAAGAGUGGUCAAUAAAGCAGAAAUAAAAGAGGACAAAACCAAAGAGAAAUCUACAGCUACCAAACCAACAUCAUCACAAGGAUCCAAAGACAGUACGUCUGCUGAUUGGCUAGGUUUGGGUGAUGACGUCACAAAUGACCAAUUAAACGCUAGUGUAGAAAAUGCUUCAAGUCCCGAACCACCUCCCGCCCUCGCAUUGCAUUCAGAUGAAAUACUCGAGACUAAGGCGACAGAAAGUAAAUACGAAGCUGAUGACCAUAGAAAAACUUUGAAAACCGUUGACAACCUGACUAAAAGCGAAAACAAAACAUUGUUUCCUUGGGAAGCUGAAAAAUCUUCAAUCGGGCGUCGUACAUCUCCCAAUACUUCAAAAGAAGAUAGUUUGAAUGAUUCUUCAAUAAACGUGAAAGUUGUUGAUUCAAGAACAGCAGAAGUUAUCUCAGGUCAACUAGAUACAUCCACUCAGCAAUCGAAAACUCUGUCGUCGACAUCACCUUCAUCUAUUGAAACGAGGAAGCCUCAAAAUCUAGCUGAAAUAAAUGAAACGAAUUCUUCACAUUCCUUGUCAAUCUCUAAAGCUCCUGACCGAAUUUCAAGCCCAGUCUCCUCUAGUGGUGCUCCCUCUCGCUUGAUUCCACGUGAGAACGCCAUCGUUGUAUCAGAUAUGAACAGACAAAACUACGAAAACGAGUUGAAGGGAAUGAUGGGUAAAAUUCGGGAUGUUGAAAAUGAAAAAUAUAAAGUUGAAAUGGAGCUGGCAAAUAAGAUCGCCGAACUGGAAACAAAGAUUCGACGACUCGAAGUCGAGAACAAUGGUCUAACCCAGUGCAUUGAGUCGAGCAAACAACGACAUGAAGAGACAAUUACCGCCAUUGAGAACUCGCAUAAGAGUCGUAUCCAGGCUCUGGAAGAGUCGUAUCAUCGUCGUGAAGCAAGACAAAGAGAUGAGAUGGAGUUAAUGUUGACGAAGCACAAAGAAACUGUUGUCGAAUUGGAACAAGAGAAAUCAGAAUUGCUUUCUGUCCAUGCGCAGAAAAUUUCUUCCUUGGAGGCUAGCAAGUUGACAGAGAUUGAAAGGCUAAAUGAGACACAUCGUCGUGCUUUAGAUGAAGUACGAACCCAACAUCUUGCAGAGAUAAAUCAUUUAAAAACAAUGAAAGAACAAGAAAUAUCAGCCACCAUGACUGCAUUUUCUCAUACGAAAUCCUUACAAGGACUCAUGGAGCAAGUAUUGAAUUCAACGAAACAGGUUGAAGACCUGCAUCAUUUGGUUGAAGUUUCGCACAAAAACAGUGAACAAGAACGAGAUCUUUCAAUGAGAGCAAAAGAUGAAUAUCUUAAUCAACUUCAAGAUAGACUGUUGAAACAACAGAUGGAAAAUGACGAAGAACGAACGAGAUUACAGAAUCUACUUGCCAAAAUGGAAAUACAGCUUCGUGAACAAAAUAGGAAACUCGAGGAAGAUAAGUGGAAGUUGAACCAGGAGGAUUCCCGUUUGAAAUCAUUGCGUAUAUCCCUCGAGGAAGAAAGAUGCGUCACGCGUGAUCAACUCGAAGCCGAACGUGGAUUGCUUCAGAAGUCAAAAGACGAGUUCCUGGCACAGCAACGUCAGAUGUUGGCCGAUAUUAACGAAGAGAGGAAAACAUUGGCUUUGGAAAGGGCUGAAGUUUCUGCUGCUCAAAGAGGAAUUGUAAAAAAAGAAAAACAGAAGCAUGAUAAUAUUAUAAAGCUGGAUGCUGAACAUGAAAACAUACGCGUUCGUUUGGCUGAGGAAACCGCUGCCCUGGAAGCUCGCGAGGCUCAGUUCAAGCGCGAGCAAGAGGAAUUCAGAAAAGAAAAGAGGUUAUUUGUGGAUAGACAGGAUGAAUGGUCCACGGAGAAGGAUCGCAUCGGUAAACUGGGAAUAUUACUUCAAAGUCGUGCUAAAGAAAUUGAGGAAAUAAGUUUGGAGGCAGUAAAGGCACGUGAUGAUGGACGUAAUGUGAUGGAGAGGGCACAUCGCAUGCAGGCUGAACUCGUGAAGAAAUCACACGAACUUGAAACAAAAGGUCUGCUGCUUCAGGAGAAAGAAAAACAUAUAGCUGAGGAGCGUCUUGAAUCCCUGAAGGAGAGAAGAGAAAUGGAAACACAAAGGCGGUCAGGUCUAUGUGACAGAUGUUCACAAUCAUGUGUCAUCUCUCCUGGUCAAAUCUCGCCGAUCAGGAAAUGGGAGCCUAUCAAUGAAAAUUCACAUGUCUUGGACUACAGGCCUUCCUCGCCAUUUGUUACUGCUGAGGAAAUGUUGACCAGUCCCAUUCCUCCACACAAUGUCUCAAUACAAGGCUUCCCUCCUGACGUACUGGCCAACGCUCUGGAUCUGAAGAGAACUUUACGACGUUGGUCUCAGGAUAAAGAACACGACGAGGAAUUUUUGGCAAAAGAAUCUGAAUUCUUGAGUAGUCUUCAGGAUAGCCGCUCCUCUCCCUUAUAUGACAUGUGAUAUUGAAAACAAUUUAUUUACCAACAGUGGUGGCGAAAACAUUCUUUGGUAACUUGUUACAAGGUGAAGUCUAUCAAUUGAAAAUUCUGCCUUCGAUGUAUUGUUAUAGCCGGUCUCGGUCUGAUUCACUUGAGCAUUUUUCAAAAUCAUUUGUUUGUUAAUUGUAUGACUGCUAUUGAAAAUAAUGUAACUUCCCGCGACUACAAAAAUAACAAUUGCUUGAACGCAGAUUGAUAAAACUUUCUUCAUACUAUUUUUCUCUUUUUAAGUUAACAUUAGCUAUUCUUCGCUUGUAUCAAGCAGUACACUUGCCACGUCUACUGAGCCAAUUGUUAAACAAUUAUUUUUUGAUGAUUUCCGUGUUUCGAUAGCUUGUUCUAAAUUAAUAAAUAUAAAUAGAUUACAGUAAAUAUGUUUGUAUACAAACAAAAUGUAUGGACAAUGUUGCCCUAUCUGUCACAUUAAGCACUUGUUGAAAUAAUGGAAUGUACAGGUUGUAUCAAAAAAAUUAGAAUUCAAAUUUUAGGUUCAAUAACGCAGAAGA